AUGCAACCACCGCGAUUUAGCAUGCAACCAUCAUCUUUAAACAGCAUAGUCCGUGAGGGAACUACGAAGAUAUUGCAAUGCUCUGCAGUCGGCAUUCCGCAGCCAAUGUACAGGUGGUUAAAAAACGGAGUGCCACUUGGAGAAUACUCGUCGGAGCUCUUUUACAAAAUUCACAACACUCAGCGCCAGGACGCGGGCGCAUACCAGUGCAUAGCUAAAAAUGACGUUGGAGCUGUUUUCAGCGAGAAGAACAACAUUAUCGUCGCAUAUAUGGGUGUUUUCGGAAACAUCACCGAACAAGAAGUGACUGUUGAGUCGGGAAGAGCUGCCAUUUUGGACUUUCCUCCCAUCGAGUCUGAACCACCGCCUUCGGUUAUCUGGCAGGAUGAAAAUGGCGUAAAUGGUGUGCUCAGAUACGAUCAAAAGUACGCCAUCACCGACAAACAUCAAUUAGUAAUAUUAUGUGCUUCUAAAGAAGAUGAAAGAUCGUAUAGGGCUCGCGCUAUAAACACACAAUUGGGAAAAGUAGAAAAUAGCCCUUAUAUAAAACUAAACGUGUACGGCGACGACACCAAAGAAAUAGCUCCGGAAAUCAUCAUAAAACCGCAAGACACGAAAAUAAUAAAGGGACAAGAAUACCGGAACAUUUACUGCAUCGCCAACGCGAGGCCCCUACACGAGUUGGAGACACUCUGGUUCAAAGACGGCGUGCUCAUCGACCUUGCCGGCAUAACGUACGAUUUGAACGACCAGUGGAACAGGACACUAAGUCUUAUAUCGGCCAACUUGACGCACACGGGCCAGUACACGUGCCAAGCUAGAUUGAAAACGGGCGGUUUCGCCACGGUGACCGCGUCCGCCUCUGUGAUAGUGUACGAGAAACCGACGAUGCUGUCCAGCCUCAAAGCCGAGACGUACGGCGAGUUCGGCAGCGUAAUAGUUCUGGAGUGUAACGUUGAGGGCAUACCGCUGCCUGGCAUCACAUGGUACAAGGACGCGAAGAAGAUCGCAAGUGUCGGCGCUGAGGCAGGUGAAGCGGACAGCGGGGACGUCGACGACGGCGGCGGCCGGUAUAGGGUUGAAGUCGACCGGUCGCUCAUCAUUAGCGAUUUGAAAAUGGAAGACAUGGGAAUAUACCAAUGCAUUGCAAGCAACGAAGCCGGCGAGGCCUCCUUGUACACUUGGUUGAAAAUAAAGAUGCGGGACAAUAGACGCACGCCGCGCAGUCACAUGAAGUUGAUUAGAAUGAGGACUGCAGACAAAAAGACAAAAUCUUUCCGAUUUGAUACUGGCACAACUCCGCCAGUAAUGCAGAGCGCGCCUUCGAACCUCACGGUGCUCGACGGAAAAGACGCCACGAUCACCUGCCGUGCCAUCGGAGCGCCAACGCCCAACGUCACCUGGUACUUCAACGAUUCCCUGAUAAUUAAGCUAUCAGGCAGACUGCAGGCUUUAGACGAGGGGGACCUGCUAAUUACGAGCACGACAACCGCCGACAGCGGGAAAUACACCUGUAUACGUGCUAACGACGCAGGAAACGUCUCUGGGGAGGCGUACCUCACCGUACUCGUGAGGACCCAGAUCAUAGCCCCGCCUGUAGAUACCCGCGUGUUAUUGGGUCACACGGCGACUUUGCAAUGCAGAGUCUCAAGCGACCCCAACGUCAAGUACAACAUCGACUGGUUCCAUAACAAGCAGCCUAUGACGGCGGGCUCGCGCGUUUGGGUGACGGCGGAGGGCGCGCUGCAGGUGCAGGCGGUGCGCGCGAGCGACGCGGGCGAGUACGCGUGCGUGGUGACGUCACCGGGCGGCAACCACACGCGCCGCGCCCUCCUCUCCGUCAUCGAGCUGCCCUUCUCGCCCACGAACGUGCGCGCGGCACGCCUGGACGCGUCGCAGCGCGCCGUCAACGUGUCCUGGACGCCAGGCUUCGACGGCAACUCGCCCAUACAGAAGUUCAUCGUGCAGCGCCGUGUGGUGCCCGAGUUUGGUCCCACUCCCGACCCGUUGCUUAACUGGGUGACGGAACCCAUGAACGUUUCAUCCAGUCAACGUUGGGUGCUGCUGACGAGUUUGAAAGCGGCCACCUCUUACCAAUUCCGAGUGUCUGCGGUAAACACAGUUGGAGAAGGCCCGCCAUCGGAUCCCACGGAUGUGUUGACACUACCACAAGAAGCGCCGUCGGGGCCGCCGCUCGGCUUCAUGGGGUCGGCGCGCUCCUCCUCGGAGAUCAUCACGCAGUGGCAGCCGCCGCUCGAGGAGCACAGGAACGGGCACAUCCUCGGCUACGUGAUCCGGUACCGGCUGCGCGGCUACGACAACAGCCCGUGGACGCACCAGAACAUAACCAACGAGGCGCAGAGGAACUACCUGAUCCAGGACCUGAUCACGUGGAAGGACUACAACGUGCAGAUCGCCGCGUACAACGACAAGGGCGUCGGCGUUUUCUCGGACAGCUACACGAUAAAGACCAAGGAGGGCGUGCCCGAGGCCGCCCCGGACAGCGUGCGCUGCGAGCCGCACAACUCCACCGCCGUUUCGGUCUGGUGGACGCCGCCCAACCCGCAGAAGAUCAACGGCAUAAACCAGGGUUACAAAGUUCAAGCGUGGCGAUGGGACGAGGGCGAGAGCGCCAACGUCGAACAGAAGAUUAUCAGUAUCCCUCCUAACUUGUUGGACCCCUUGACCGAGCAGUCCGCCAUCAUCGGCGGCCUCGAGAAGUUCACAGCCUACAACAUAUCGGUGCUCUGCUUCACCGAGCCCGGCGACGGACCCAGGAGCGAUUACGUCCUAGUGCGCACCAAAGAAGACAUUCCGGACGAGGUGGGGAGUCUACAGUUCGACGACAUAUCGGACCGUGCAGUGCGUGUGUCUUGGUCGCCACCGAAGAAGUCGAACGGAGUCCUCAUCGGCUACAAACUGUCCUACCAAGUCAAAGACAACAAUGAGACCUACAGGGAAGAAAUACUUCCGCCGAACAUUACAAGCAUUCGAGUAGAACAUUUGCAGGCGAGCACGCACUACGUGCUGUGGCUGAGCGCGCUGACGGGCGUGGGCGAGGGCCCGCCGCGGAGCGCCAGCAUGCAGUCGGGCGUGGAGCCCGUGCUGCCCGCCGCGCCCCGCAACCUCGCCCUCUCCAACAUCGCCGCCGCCUCCGUGCUGCUGCAGUUCACGCCCGGCUUCGACGGCAACUCCUCCAUAUCGCUGUGGACCGUGCAGGCACAGACCGCCCGCAACACCUCGUGGGUGACUAUCUACGAGGUGAAUGACCCGGAGGCCCAGUCCAUACUCGUGACGGGCUUGGUCCCUUUCACCACCUACCGUUUGAGGCUGAUCGCGACCAACGUGGUGGGCUCCUCGCCGCCAUCGGAGCCCUGCAAGGAGUUCCAGACCAUACAAGCGCCCCCGCAGCACCCGCCGAGAAACGUCACCGUGCGAGCAGUCAGCGCCAACAAUCUAAGAGUUAGAUGGAUUCCUCUCCAGCAAAGCGAGUGGUUCGGCAAUCCCAAAGGUUACAACAUCACGUACAAACGCAGCGGCAGCAAUGACACCUUAUUCAGCAUAAUCGAGGACCACACGGCAAACUCGCACGUGCUGUCCAACCUCGAGGAGUGGUCUUUGUACGAAAUUCGCAUGACGGCCAUAAACGAGGUCGGUGUGUCUGCGGAAAGUCCAACCGCCGUGGAAAGAACUAGAGAAGCAGUUCCCUCGUCCGGUCCCAUCAGUGUCUCAGCUAACGCCACGUCAUCGACGACAGUAGUCGUUCUGUGGGGAGAUAUACCGGUCCAGGACCAAAACGGGCUGAUUGAGGGAUACAAAGUGUGCUACGCGGCGAUCGUGCCACCGCCGAGGCCCGAGCAUCAGAAAGUGGAUUGCCAAUCCAUACCCUCAAACCAGACCCACACUGUGACCUUGACGGAGUUGAGGAAAUACGUCGUUUACCAGAUCCAAGUAUUAGGCUACACGAGAUUAGGUGACGGGGCUUUAAGCGACCCGCCGGUGACAGUGAGAACAUUUGAAGAUACUCCCGGUCCUCCGUCCAACGUGUCGUUCCCGGACGUGACAUUUACGACGGCGCGUAUAAUUUGGGACGUCCCGGAGGAUCCUAACGGAGAAAUAUUGGCUUACAAAGUCACCUAUCAUCUCAACAGCUCUACGCAACACAUGUUCUCAAGGGAAUUUCUUCCUUCGGAUAGGACUUUUAGGGCGACGGAGCUCGCGCAGGAGCGCUACUACCUGUUCUCGGUGACGGCGCAGACGCGGCUGGGCUGGGGCGGCACGGCGCGCGCGCUGGUGCUGAGCACGGCCAACCGCGCCGCGCCCGCGCCGCCCGCCCGCCCCAACGUGCAGCGCUCGCUGCUGCAGCCGCACCACAUCACCUUCUCCUGGACGCCCGGCGACGACGGCUACGCGCCCCUCAGAUAUUACACGGUGCAACAAAAGGAAGAAGGCGGUACAUGGCAAACUCUACCUGAGCGCGUGGAUCCAUUUGCUACCUCCUAUACGGUGGAAGGACUAAAACCUUAUACCGGAUACCAAUUCCGAAUCCGUGCGACCAACGACAUAGGCCCCAGUCGUUACAGUAACGCAACCGAAAUAGUACGGACUUUGCCCGCCGCGCCAAGCAAAGCAGUAGAGAAUCUUCGUGUGGUGCCGAUAACGCCCAGCAGCGUGCGAGUGCAAUGGUCGCCGCUGAGCGAGCAGCACUGGAGCGGGGACACGCGCACGGGCGGCUACCGGGUCUUCUAUCAGCCCCUCACCGACUUCCCCACCUCCCUGCAGCACACAAUGAAGCAAGAAGUACCCGGUAUCAAGAGCGAGGAGGUGGUGCUGACGGAGCUGGCGGUGGACCGCAACUACGAGAUCAGCGUGUGCGCGGUGAACUCGCAGGGCGCGGGCCCCGGCGGCACGCCGGCCGUCGUGUGGGUGGGCGAGGCGGUGCCGACGGCGCCGCCCAGUGACGUCACCGCCGACGCGCUCUCGCCCACCGAGGUGGCCCUCGCCUGGAAGCCGCCCGCGCUCGCGCAGCAGAACGGCGAUCUGCUCGGCUACAAGAUAUUUUAUCUAAUGACCGAUUCCCCGGAGGAACCGGAACCAGGACGAAAGGUGGAAGAAGAGAUCGAAGUAGUUCCAGCCACCGCGUCAUCUCAUUCACUCGUGUUUCUAGACAAAUAUACACAGUACCGUAUUCAGGUGCUGGCGUUCAACCCGGCCGGCGACGGGCCCCGCUCGAGCGCGAUCCAGGUGCGCACGCAGCAGGGGCUGCCGUCGGCGCCUCGCAAUAUCACCUUCUCCGACAUCACCAUGAACAGCCUCGUGGUGUCCUGGCAGCCGCCGCGAAGGCGCAACGGCCUCAUACUCUCCUACCUCGUCACAUACGAGACCAUAGAGCAGGACGAGAGGUUCAGCAAGCAAGUGAAGCAGAAGGUGAGCGAGCAGCGGCUGGCGGUGGGCGGGCUCGAGGAGGAGGUGGAGUACCGGUUCUGGGUGCGCGCGGUGACGGUGGGCGCGGGCGGGGCGGCCGAGGCGCGCGCGCGCACCGGCCCGCAGCCCGGCUCGCCGGCGCCGCCGCGCGCGCUGCGCCUGCGCCCCGACCCCGCCGCGCUGCACCUGCGCUGGGAGAACGCCGCCUCGGGCCGCGGCCCGCUGCUCGGCUACUACAUCGAGGCGCGCAAGAAAGAUGACACCAGAUGGGAAACAAUCACGAGAACCAGCAAUGGAAUGCUAGAAGAAUUUACUAUAUCAUACCAAAGUCUCCUACCAUCUACCGCCUAUUCCUUUAGAGUGAUCGCAUACAAUAUGUAUGGAAUAAGUAACCCUACGUAUAGCGACAAAGUAAUUGUGACUCCUUCAAAGUUGUACCUGGAAUACGGUUAUCUUCAGUACCGUCCGUUCUACCGUCCAAAAGUUAUAAAUAUAAAAAAGAAGCGCAAAAGACGCUUGAGGAGUCGCUGGCGGGCGAGACGGACGAGCGCGGCUCGCUGGCGAUGGAGCUGUACCGGUCGCGGCAGAGCUCGGUGGCGAGCGCGGGCGGGGGGCGCGGGCGGCGCGGGCACUCUGCGCCGCGGCAAGGCGGCCGCACUGGCCAAGCCGCCGCCCCGCCCCUCGCCUGCCUCGGUCGCCUACCACAGCGACGAGGAGAGCCUGCGCGCCUACGACGAGAACCCCGACGACUCCUCCCUCACGGAGAAGCCCUCGGAGAUCAGCUCCUCUGACUCGCAGAAUUCGGAGAGCGAAAACGAGAGCGUUAGAUCGGAGCCGCACUCCUUCGUGAACCACUACGCUAACGUGAACGACACGCUGCGGCAGUCGUGGAAGAGGCAGCGGCCCGUGCGCAACUACUCCAGUUACACGGACUCAGAGCCGGAGGGCAGUGCCGUGGUGAGCCUCAACGGCGGCCAGAUCGUCAUGAACAACAUGGCGCGCUCGCGGGCGCCUUUGCCCGGCUUCUCGUCCUUCGUA